GCCGAUGACGCAUCUCUGAAUUUGAAAGAAGAUAACCUGGUACAUACAUUCAGCCAAAAGAAGACAAAAGCCAAACCAGUGACAAUAAGUGUUAUUCUACGAAUGUUUGUGUCCAGAUUCACGUAGCUUCUUCUGCACAUUCUUCUGCCUUCAUAUGAGAGAGCGCCGCAUUUAAUUGACUGGAUUUCGUUCCAUAUGGCAAGGCUAAGACUUACAUCGAGGAUGGCCAAUACAAGUUCUCCUGUCAGCAUGGCUCCGUGGAGUGUUAUGGGAACAAAGUUCACGCAUGCAGCAUUGCCAAAGUGUACGAUCAAACUACGUUGCUCGCGUUGCUAUCCUGUAUGAUCAAUGACAAUAUGAGCCCUGAAGAAAGAGGAAUGCAGUGUUGUAGGGACCAUGGUGUUGACUGGAAACCGAUACAGGAAUGUGCUGCUGGCUCCGAAGGGGAUCUAUUGCUCAAAGAGCAUGGAGAAUCGACUGACAUUCUAAGGCCGCCUGUUUCAUUCAUUCCAACAAUCCUAUUGAAUAAGAGCCAACGUGAUCAACGUUCAAUACUUAAAAAUCUAUGGAAGGAACUUUGCAAAUUAUUUCCACAAGAAUCGAUUCCCGAUGAGUGCCUCGCUUGAAUUUUUAGACAUUUUUAUGAAGACUUGGAAUUAAUAUAAAGGGAGUUAAGAAAUGUGCUUAAUGAAGUAAUAUUAGUGUAAUUAUCUCAGUAUUAUAAUCGACUGUUUUCAAACGAAUCUAAUGCAAGCUUAAAAAUUGAAUUUCUUGACAUUGAUAAGUUCUUGUUGCAGAUUUGAGUUUGAUUCGGUUUAAUUAAAUGAUGAUUUUAACUUUCAUGUCUAUUAAAACUGUUGAAAGCUGGUAUUGAUCAAAAUUUGCAUGGAAUCAUAAGUGAUGAUUUUAACUUGGUUGUAACAACAUGACGUAGAAGUUAUUUAAAAAA